CUAGUUUUCAUUCUAACCAACGAAAAGAGCUCUCCGCUUUUCAUCUGUUGUGCAACUUCCCUCCUGGUUCCUUGACAUGAUGCUCGCUCACUCGUGCACUUCAAUGGCAACUCCUUUUUCCACUCCACCUUUUCCCUUCUUUGCAACUGCUGCUCUGCUUGCUUGCUUAUAAGCACGCACAUUCUGCUGUCAUAUCCGUUGCUUGGUGUCCAAAGCAAGAGCCUCCAACAAGCUAGCUGGUUAAACCAAACCGAGCUCGCCAUGGGUCUCCAGCGGAAGAUUCUGGGAAAGAGAACCAUCCGGCAGGUGUCUGAAGAAGAAGAAGAUGUUAGCAUUCCGCAGCUGGUGGAGCUGCGGCCGCUGAAGCUGAAGCGGUCUUACUCCCACGGCGGCGACGAGGACGAAGAAGGUCCACGGCAGCUCUCGCCGCUGUCGUCGGCGACGGCGAGUGGCGCUGGAACCGAACGCCCCCCGCGCUGCCCGCCGGCGCCGAAGAAGCCGAGGCUGCUGCUAGGGUGUAGCCUGGACGGGUUCAAGGUGCUGCGCGUGAUGGACCUGCGUUGCUUCCUGCGCCGAUGAGCCAAGUGACAUGCAUGUAGCUUUUGAGUUUCGGCUGCAGCAUCCCCGUUACAGUGUCCCAACUCCCAGAGAUGUGUACUAUGCUCUGCUCUG